AGAGUUAAUGGAGAAGCAUUACAGUGUGCUUCACUAAAGCACGUUUCGUUGUUGCUGCAUGGAGCGCAAUGAUGUGAAUGUAUCUUCUCGUAAAAGCGCUCAUCCCCAAGCAAUUACCAUCCCCGACAAAGCACUUCUAAAUGUCAGUGGGUCAAGAUUCGAAGUGAUGUGGUCCUUAAUAGAGAUGAGACACUUAACACGUCUGGAGAAACUCCACAAGUGCUUGAUUGAAAACGAGAGCUGGGAGGGCGUGUGCGAUGACUACGACGAGGAGAAGAAAGAAUAUUUCUUUCAACGCGAUGCUGUGGUGUUCAACAGCGUCUUGUGCUUUUACCAGAAAGGGAAAAUCCACAUUCCAAGGAAUGUGUGCGUGGAGCAUUUCCAAAGAGAAUGCGAAUACUGGGGGAUAUUACUGAAGGACGUUGCUGAAUGCUGUCAUCAUUACUAUCAACAAGAAAUGGAGGUCAUUGAUAAUAUGAAGAAGAUCAAAAGCGUCUUUCAAAGAAACGUUGCUUUGGUCGCACGUGACUUGGAGCAGCAGCAAAUUGACCAAAGAAAGUGGUUACGCCUACGGAAGCGAGUCUGGGACUUGUUUGAGAAUCCCUAUUCCUCCCGAGCUGCCAAGGUCGUGUCAUUCUUGUCAACUUUUUUUGUCAUUCUUUCUACGGUUGCUUUGUGUCUAAACACAAUCAACGGUUUACGCCUGAAGCAAAGCAAUGGCAUCACGAGUGACAACCCCCAUCUUGCCGUGGUUGAGGCUGUCUGUAUAACGUGGUUCACGUUUGAAUACAUCACUCGACUCAUAUCAGCACCCAACAAAAUAUCCUUCAUAAAAAAUGUCAUGAACACCAUUGACCUUCUCGCUAUCCUUCCCUACUUCAUUACUUUGCUAUUCGAGGCCUUUGAUAACCAAGUGGAUGAGAGACUUAUAGACAUAAGGAGGUUCGUACAGAUCUUGAGGAUCUUGAGAAUCAUAAGAAUUUUCAAAAUGGCGAGGCACUCGAUCGGGCUUCAAACCCUUGCAUACACAUUCAAACAUAGCUCAGCUGAGCUUGGUCUUCUUCUUUUGCUUCUCUUGAUGGGAAUGACAUUGUUCUCUUCACUGGUUUACUUCGCCGAGGAGACAGAUCCAGGCUCUCAUUUCAAGUCAAUCCCAGAGGCCUUUUGGUGGGCUAUCAUCACCAUGACAACAGUUGGUUAUGGAGACAUGCAUCCGACAACGCCUAUUGGUAAAUUCAUUGGCUGUCUCUGCUGCACUUCUGGUAUAAUAUUCAUUGCGCUUCCGAUUCCAACCAUUGUGGGGAAUUUCUCUCAGUUCUACAAGGACCAAAGGAAGAGCGCAGAAGUUUUAAGGAGGUUAUCGAAGGUAGAAGAUGGAUUAUUGGAGACACCGAUCGCAGCAGAUGCAGAGCACGACAAGCUGGUUGAGCUUGAAUCAGCAUAAGGAAUUAAAUAAUUAUUCCAACAACAACAACAAACCAAAAAAAAGAUUCAUAGAUAGCCAUUUUAGAGUUCGUUGGUCACUGAUUUAAAAAAAGAUUCUCUACUUAAAUAUCCCUGUAUUUUCGGAUAUGAUCGUGAAAGAUGGAAACUUCACCUCUCUUUUUCCUGCUUGCUCCAAUAGGYUCUAUCUGUUUUACAUUUUGCGGAUUCUUAUCUGUUCUAUUCUGCUCUGCAAUACUUUGCUAUACUUUCAUCCUUAUUUACACUCUAUUUUGCUUCAUUUUACUGACUUUAUUAAUUCUCAGCUCUAUGACCAACUCCACCCGAAUUUACUCUUUCA